AUGUUCACCGCCCUCAUCUCCCUCUUUGUCUCCAUCUUCGGUGCCCUGCGCGCUGCACCUAUCUACUACGCUCGCGUCCUUACCCUCGGCAGUACAUUCAACUCCUAUGCUACCUUGGACGAAAGCACAACAACCAUCCGAGUCAUCGAUAGCUUCUCUGGUACACCCGUCCUCCGCCAGCCUCCGUCUCCGGUCUUCCACACUCUACCGACGGGCGUGUCUAGUAACUCUCUGGCACACUCUCUCGCUUUCCUCACUGCUGUCUUCGUCAUCACGACUUUCUUCUAUGGCAUCAUCUGGCAUCUGAGGACUACAACACUAGCACUUGGCAACGACGACACCAACAUGCAGGCCGGUGACCCCGGGAAGAUGCACCAUUUGGUCAUCGACCUCUCGGGAGUCACCUACAACGGCCUCAUGUCGGCGUCGGAUGCGGAAUUUCAAGCGGGGCUCCUGGCAGCCCUUACCAGCAUGCCUCUCGAGUCCUCUCCGCCGGUCGAUUUGCACGCCGCCUCGACGCAGACUUCCGAACACAACACCCUGGACGCCCCCUCCUGC